ACAGGAUUGCAGCCGCUAGUGUGUAAGUAGGAAUGCGUUCAUGAACAGCGACUAUUUAUCUCAUAUAGUCGUUUAGAGAGGAACUAGAGCAGACAGAUAAUACCAAUACGGCCGCGCGGCCUUUUCGCAGACUUUGUAAACUACUUCUACACAUUUUCUCCGGCUGAUACUAUUAAGACAGUUCGCGAGGUGAGUCGAUUGGAGCGGAGUAAAGAACACCUCAGCAAGUUCACCUGCCUGCGGAACAAAAGCUCCUUUUCUGAAAUAGAAUUGCGUGAUCUGAAUGGGAUGUUAGUGUGGUGGAGCGGCAGGCCAGACUAGAGGAGCAUGGUGAAGCACCAACCCUUGCAGGUCUACGAGAGGCAGCUCUGCUUGUCAUGUCUGACGGGGAUCUACGGCUGCCGAUGGAAACGCUACCAGCGCUCACACGAUGACACCACCAAGUGGGAGUUCCUCUGGUCCCUCAUCUUGCUGGCCACCUUCUCCUUACUGCUGGUCUGGUUCUACUUCUGGUGGGAGGCACACAACGACUACAACGAGUUUAACUGGUUUUUGUAUAACCGCUCAGGGGAAUGGAGCGACGGGACAGUUCCGAUCCUCGCCACCACGGCGGCGGGGUUCACAUACAUCACAUUUUUAACGAUCUUGGCCCUCUGCCAUGUGGCAGUGGGGCAGCAGCUGAAUCUGCACUGGCUCCACAAGAUUGGUGUGACGGUCGCCCUGCUGACGACCAUUAUUGGAGUGAUCUCUGUGACCCAGAUGUGGGGUGAGGAGUGGGACAUUGUCAUCAUCUCACUCCAGGCCACAGGUCCCUUUCUGCAUAUCGGUGCAUUGGCGGCAGCGACGGCUUUGUCAUGGCUGGUGGCGGGACAGGUAGCUCGAGCCGAGAAGACACGGUUCCAGGUGCUGGUGAUGGUGUUGUACCUCAGCGUGCUCCUGGGUCUCUACCUGGCUCCCCUCUCCAUCACCUCCCCCUGCAUCAUGGACCAGAGCACCCUGAGACCCCCGCCUCAAAUCAUCGGCCACCAGGGAGCCCCCAUGCUGGCUCCAGAGAACACGGCCCUGUCCUUCCAGAGGGCGCUACGCCUCAAUGCCAGCGGCCUGGAGGGAGACGUCACCAUCAGUCUGGAUGGUGUGCCCUUUCUGAUGCGGGACCGCACGUUGCGGAGGACCACAGAUGUAGCGCAAGUAUUCCCAGACCGGCAAUUUGAUGAUGCAUCCCUCUUCAACUGGACAGAUCUCCAAUCUCUUAACGCAGGGCAGUGGUUCAUCAAGGACGACCCCUUCUGGACGGUUGAGUCCAUGUCCCAGCGUGAGCUGCACCAGGCGGGCAGCCAGCGGGUGUGCAGUCUGCAGCACAUGCUCCGGCUGGCUGCCUCCCAGAACCGCACGGCUCUCCUGCACCUGCACCGGCCGCCUCCGCAGCACCCGCGCUACCUGGACUGGCUCAACGACACCCUGGAGAGCAUUCACCUGUCGGGCAUCCCUCAACACAUGGUGAUGUGGACGGAGGAUUGGCAGAGGGGCUUUGUGCAGGCCGCAGCUCCAGGCUUCCAGCAGACGUCUCUGAAGAAGCAGCCCGUGGAGGAGCUACAGCAGCGGGGCAUCAGCCGCCUCCUCCUGCGCUACAACCAGGCCAACGAGAGAGACAUACGGGAGUUUGGCAGCCGUAACAUCAGCCUAACGCUGUAUACUGUGAAUGAGCCCUGGCUCUACUCUCUGCUGUGGUGUAGCGGUGUGCCCUCCGUCUCCUCUGAAGCCCCUCAGAUCCUCCUCAAGCUACACGCCCCCAUCUGGCUCAUGAGCCCAGAUGAAUACCGCCUGAUAUGGAUUGCCACAGAUCUCCUCUCCUUUGCUAUUGUGGUGGGAGUGUUUGUGUUCCAAAAGUGGCGGAUGAGUGGCAUGAAUAGCUACAACCCGGAGCAGAUCAUGUUGAGCGCAGCAGCCGUCAGGAGAUCCAGCCGCGAUGUCAACAUCAUGAAGGAGAAACUCAUCUUCUCUGAGGUCAGCAAUGGAGUCGGCGGUGCGGAUGAACUCUACAUGGAAAACGGCUUUGACUACUACACCAACCAAGGAAUUGGCCACUGACUGCCAGGCGUCCUCCAGCACUUGAACUUGGUCCACUGAAGAGGACGCACUACUGGUCCGGAUGCCCUACUUCACUGUCCCGGGUCCGGACGCUCCGUUUUUUUGACCAGUUCCUCUUGUGCUGCUAUGGGACUUUGAAUGAUUGUGUGGGUAACACCCAUAUAAGCGCAAUUCUCUGUAUAUUAUGUAAAAAUGUUAAUUACUAUGUUUCUUUUGAUGAAGUUUGGCACUGCAGUGUGACAUGUUGGCCUUCUUUAAAGUGUUAUUUUUUAUUAUUAUUAUUAUUAUUAUUGUUAUUAUUAUCUGCGUUUAGUCCCAACGUGGACUUACAGACUUUUCCAGCAAUGGAUAUAACCAAUGGUUUGCAGGCACUGGAAGACCAAAUGGGUCUAACUUUUUAUUUUUAUCUUUCACUUUUGUCUUGAUGAGAUAACUGCUAUCAUGUUAUUUGUGAUCUCAAUACAGUGUGAGCAUGGUAUUUCCCAGUCCAACAUUUGUCUUGUUUGAAACUUGAAAAGAAAAACCCGAAAUAAGUUAUUGGAAAUUUACAACAUGCCAGGUAGUAUAGAUGGAGAAUUGUUUGCUCAACCUUUUGUGCAUGUGAUCAACUUCAGAGCAAACUAAGCAGAUUUUCUAAAUGGCCUUAUUUUGUUCUGAUAAUGAUGAGUAAAGGGAUUGCAUUCUCCAUGCAGCUCUGUUUAGACUGUAACUGGAUUUCUGUUAAAGGUAGAAUAUGUAUUUUUUAGUGGUUUAUUUCCAGAAUAUAUAUGGCGCACAUUCACAAAUGGUACUAUCUUUUUCUUGAAUAUUUACGUACCAUCCUCAUUAACUUUGAAGUAUCUUACUUCAAAUCAUGUUGUAUCAUAGCAAAUACUGUAUUCAUGUAUUACUUAGUACUGUAAAUAUUCAUGAACAGAUCAAAUUUGUGAAUGGGCAACAUUUUGAAAAUAAAUGACUAAAAUUGCAUUCUGAA